AUGAUGUUUCCGAAACCCAACCUGCCCAUUGGACGGCUCCUGCGCCCGGCCCGGGGAAAAGGCGGCUUCGCUGGGUCAACACGCCCCCUGGCGGCUGCUGCGGCGGAAGCCCAGAAUCCGCCUGCCUUCCUGCCUGCGGGCGGGCCCCUCCCCGGCGCUUCCCCGGCUGAGCCGCUGAUAAAUACCGGAGGGCUGGCGGAGGCAGCAGCAGCAGGCGAAACGCGAGCGAGUCCAGAGAAACCUGCGCCCCCGUCUGGGCUCCCCUCCGCCUUCGUGACCGUCUGCUGGCUGCGCUGCCCCGCGCCCUUGGAAGCUGCAAUCAUUAUGCCUCCGAGAAGAAAUUUCGCCGCCUACUCAAUCGCCGUGGCUGCUAUUAGCAUUUCAGCUGCUGCCCUCGGCUUCGAGGUGGCAACGGUUGGGACUAUGUUUGUAGCACCAGAUCUGUUCCCCCCGCAACUCGAAAAUCGCGUGCUGGCCAUCUUGGAUAGAUGGAGUAUCUCCCAGGCGGCUGCCAUGGGCAAAUGGAAUAUCUCCCAGCAAGAUUACCCGGGGCACCCGUCUGCUAAUCGAAGCACCAGCAAGGAGAUCUGGCCGGCACCAAGCGAUUUGGAAUCACGCGAUUAAUGGCUUUGCUGUUUUCAAAAGAUUCAGUUGUUUGUUGUGUGCUAUGACAGUGUAAUGGUUUGAACCCCAAUAAAGCCAACUUGUCACACAGCCA